GAUGAAUUUUAAGUACAUAGUUGCAGUGUCUUUUUUAAUAGCAUCUACAUAUGCGCGAAGUGUAAAGAAUGAUGAACAGUCUCUGAGUCAGAGGGAUGUUUUAGAAGAAGAAUCACUGAGGGAAAUCAGAGGUAUAGGAGGAGCCCUCCUAAGUGUUGGUAAAUCAGCUUUAAAAGGCUUGGUUAAAGGAUUGGCUGGGCAUUUUGCGAUUGAGAAGAGAACAGCUGAAGAUCAUGAAAUGAUGAAAAGACUGGAAGCUGUAAUGCGUGAUCUAGAUUCCUUGGAUUAUCCAGAGGAAGCUUCUGAAAAGGAAACCAGAGGCUUCAAUCAAGAGGAGAUUGCAAAUCUUUAUACUGAAAAAGAGAAACGCAUUAUAGGGCCAAUAUUAGGUUUGGUUGGUAGUGCACUUGGAAGUUUACUUGGAUAAUUAUAGCCAGUAAAAUUUUGCUUUCAUUUAUGUUUGUAAAAUGAUGCUAAUCAGAUAACAUAAUAAAGCAUAAAUAAAACACACAAAAAGCUAUUUAAACAAACUGCAUGUUCUCUACUCUGCUAUUAAAUAAAAAUCAUAUGAGCAAAA